AUGCAGGCGCAUGGCACGGCUCGAGGAUCAGCUGGCGUCGACGCAACCAAGUCUAGAAUGCCUCCCGUUGCAGCGUCUGGACGAGCGCCACACUAUUUCAGCGACGCGGUCCAGCAAGCCGCUGUUCGCCGUGGUGGUACCGCGGAACUGUGCGAUGAAGGCCAUGAGCAGUGGCAGGUCACCACCCUCGGUCUGCCUGACAACGCCAGGUUGGCGGCGUGGGGACGUGAUGCAGCUCGGCAGCGGCGGCGGCGCCACCACUUUGAGCAACUCCCUCUGUCCAGCAUCCCAUCUGGAAAGUCUGCGGUCGAAUUGCGGGCCCUUUUUGGAGUGCCCGUGGAGCUGGAGGGAUCGACAGCUCACACCAUGCCGUAUCGCUGCCUCGGUGUGGGCCCAGACCGAGAGCAGCAGCUUCGGCUCGGGAAAUCCAAAGAGGCCGCCUGGCUCCAGAACGAGGUGAUGUUGGUGCGGUCUAGAUUCCUUGUCGUUGUGCCAUCACCCUCGUCAUCCAACGCCGCCGCCGCUGCUUGCCGGCAACCCCUUUCUUCCUCUUCACCUUCUCUUCUCUCGAAGCCGACAGCGGGCGCAUCGUUCCGUCCGUCUUCGCUUUUUGCACGCCUCCUUCUUCCGUCGCUCGAUCAGCGCCACCACACCACACCUUUCGCCACGCAUCAAUCCGACCGUCCGACGUUGCAUACUGCUGCCAACGCACCGCCUUCUUCUCGUUGCAUCCGUUCAGAUCCCUUCUGCUUCUCCUGCAUCCUGGACGCACUUUCAUAUCGCUCCGACCCCUCGUCUCAGGUGUAG